GAUUAUCGCUAACAGUACCCGGUUGCUAUUCCCAAGGAAGCAUGGAAGACGUCGGUUGGGGUUCCCCUCGUCUUCCUCUCCUCGUCGUCGUCCUCCGCCGCUGCCUCAAUCCCCACCGCAGCCUCAACACUGAAAAGGAAAACCCCUUGUCGUCUCUCUCGCCGUCUCACUCUCCUGUUGUGUAGUGGAUCUGCUUGAGUUGCACAGGAAACAUUGUCAACUCGUUGCAUGGGCUGAAAAACAAUCAGGUGUCCAAUUCAUUAAACGUCCCCUGAGGGAGGAGGGAAGCAGAACUGGAAGGAGAUGUUGCUGAAAGCCCCGCCGCACCAAGUCGCCGGCCACCAAGCGGCCGAAGGAAAUCUCGGACCCCUUGUCGACGGUGCAGGCCGCUUCUUCAAGCCGCUGCAAGACCAUGAUCGGGGUUCGAAGGAGGUGGGGUUUUACCAAUCCUUCUGGUCGAACUCCCAGUUGCCACCGAAUGUCCAUCGAUUCUUCCCGUCCUUCUAUGGUACCCAACUUCUAGAAGCUUCGGAUGGUUCCGGUCCCCGCGAGCACCUUGUCAUCGGCGACGUCGUCUCAUCCCUUUAUCGUCCUUCUGUGAUUGACGUCAAAAUCGGGUCUAGAACGUGGUAUCCCGGCGCGUCGGAUGAGUACGUGGACAAAUGCGUGGAGAAGGACAGGAAUUCCACCAGUUUGAAACUGGGGUUUAGGAUUUCUGGGUUGCAGGUGUAUCAGAGUGAAGAACCGGGUUUAUGGAAGCCUGGGAGGCGUUGGGUGAAGGCCAUUCUCAGUGCUGAUCAAGUCAGAUCGGUCCUGAGGACGUUCGUUUCAUCGAACGCUUCUUCGAGUUCGCCAGAUUGCGGGCAUGCACUCGCCAUCUUUGGCGGUCCGACCGGAGUUCUGGCGCAGUUGCUGGAAUUGAAGCAGUGGUUCGAGAAGCAGACAUUCUACCACUUCUACUCGACGUCGGUGUUGUUGAUGUAUGGCCAGGAUGAGGCCAACGGCAGCCGACCUGUGGCGGCUUCUGUGAAGCUCGUGGAUUUCGCGCAUGUUGUGGAUGGGGAAGGAGUGAUUGAUCACAACUUCUUGGGAGGAUUGUGUUCGUUGCUAAAGUUUGUGGAGGAUAUACUUGAGAGCGUUGAUGGUAGUGUGGCUUGGACUAGCAAACUUGGGUCUGCAGCAGAUUGAUAUACUCAAACGCAGUUAGAAUCUGCAUUUUAGUGUGAUCACAGACUCUUGCUUUAAGUGGUUACAUGCUUUCUUUUGAAUAUUAUAUGUAGGAAACUUUCAAGAGUUGGAUGUUUGGCGAUUGACGUUUUCUUCGACGUCUCUGUAUUUGGUCUUCUUCUUUGUCCUCUUUCUUGGAAUUUCUAUUCCCAGCAAAUACUUUCUUUGUUUUC